AUGAGUGCUGACCGCAUCCUAUCGGGGAGCGGUGGCACUCCGUCGUUAGAGCUUCAGAUUGACGGGGCGCCACUUGCCGGCAUCCUCGUUGACAUGAUGCGACUGAUACGCUCUCAGCAGGAUGAGUUGGCGGCUCUGCGCCGCAACGCGGAGGAGGGGAUUUGCCGUGGAGAGUGUAGUUUGAAGCAGCACGAGGAGGUGUUAAGUAGGCUCUCCGAGGAUGUGCAGCUGCAUGUGCGCCCCAUCCACCACCACGCUCAACCGCCCAUGCCAACCAUGGCGGAUGCCGUGGCUAAUGUGGAGUGUCGGCUGGGGCGGAUUGAGCGAGCAAGGAAGCUUGAGCUCGCCGCGCGGCUCAGGGAGGUGACGGCGAAGAACUUUACGGCCACGUUCUACAACCAGUGGCUUCAGCACCGAACGAGACGAGUCGCCAGCUAUUCGCUAUUAGUGCAGACGAAGAAGAACGUGUGGCAACGAUACAUGCGGCGGUGGUUCCGCUAUCUUUCAUUCCGGAUGAGGCAGUUGGCUCGGCGGCGCCACUUCACAGGACUUAUCGCGGCUCAGGAGCGGCGCUUGAUGCGCAGGUAUUGGUGCCAGUGGACUCAGUUGGCGGCGUCCAAGUUGCAAACGCGCGUACAUUGGCGGAUCUCCUCCCACAACGCCGCCGAAAUGAUGCUUCAUCUCACCUGCCGUUCAAUUGCGCGACGCUACCUGCGUGCCUGGGUGCAAUUUUCAGAGGCCACUAGGAAUGCAAAGAACCGGGCAACUGCGGCACUCCUUUUGGAGCAAAAAGCAGCUAGACUCCUGGCAGAGCGCUAUAUUCAGAAGUGGCUUGACGCCCAUCGCUGGCGCCAACUCUUCGUCAUGCGUUUAAAGAAGUUAGAUGCGUUGCGAGUGAAGACAUGCCGCAACCUGGUCCGCUCCCACUUUAGGACGUGGCACGCUAUUAUUCAACAUCGGCGUGAACGGUAUCGUACUCUCCGCCUCAUUCCACAUUUACAUCACACCAGCCUUGCUGCGCUGGCGCGACGGUACUUUUCUCGUCUCUACGCCUUUCGACUUGUGCGCCGUGAGGCGCGCGUGGUAGAAGCGUUGGAGCAACGACUGCAAACACUCAGUGAAAGGGCUGACGGCCUUCAGCGGCAACUGGACAUGGGAUUACAUACAUUGUCGCACACCAACAGUGUUCUUGCCCGGGUCGUGGAUACAGUCAUGAUUUCCAGGGAGCCGCGCGCCGCUCUGCAUACGCUGCUACAAGAUGAGACGAUUCUGAAUUUCAUGGCAGUACCCUCGGUGGGAGAAACACAGAACCAUCAGGAGGCAUCGUCCUCCCCGGUCACUGCGCAGCCUCACUGCUACGGGGACUCGGCACCCGCAGCAGGGCCGGAGCGGCAAUCGAAGGAUGAGCAUCAUUGCAGCAGUGCAAGCGAGGUGCUUGAGAGCCUGCGUGCCCGUCUGGAAAAUACGUACAAAGUGGCUAGGAACGAAGCGUAG